AUGGUCCAUCCAAUCGACGAAUCGGUAUCUCUCUAUUUCGGCAUACGGAAACAAUUUGGAAUAAUUUAUUUUUUCAGGAUCAUCAAGCUCUUGUUCCAGAGAACGAGAGAGAUGUUGAUAUCGAGGUCAACAUCAGACGCUUCGAACAACGCUACAACGAAAGAUGCAGAUACGAAAAAUACGUAAGUUUACUGAAAAAGUGUUCAGAUUUUUCUAAUACAAAGAUGAUGUUUCAGGUCAAAUUCGGUCAUAUUUGCAUUUCAAUCUUCAUGAUUGCGCUUUUCGUCUUCUUCUUGACUUUCUACGGUCUCUACGAGAAUGCUAAAUAUUCGAAAUGA